CCUGGCCAGCCGGUCAACGCAGUCAACGUUCCUCGGCGGUUUGGUCAAACAACCGCUCUCCUCGCCCUGGCCACCCCGCGACCAGCCCGGCUCCCUCAUAAGCUGCCUGGUCCCGCACGCAUUUCCUCAACCCCGAAUACUCCGUUACAUUUCUGCUUUCACAGCUCCCAAACCUAAACAACAUGGCCCCCAAGAAGGACGAGAAGCCUGCGACCGCAGAGGCCGGCGCCGAGGCCCCUGCCAAGGCCGAUGCCAAGCCCAAGGCCGAGAAGGCCGCCAAGAAGGCCAAGAAGGAGCCCUCCAAGAAGGCUGCCAAGGAGCCCAAGGGCGAUGGCGAGAAGAAGGACAAGAAGAAGAAGAAGAGCGCCGUGGAGACCUACAAGCUGUACAUCUACAAGGUGCUCAAGCAGGUGCACCCCGACACCGGCAUCAGCAGCAAGGCCAUGUCUAUCAUGAACAGCUUCAUCAACGACAUCUUUGAGAAGGUGGCCACCGAGGCCUCCAAGCUGAGCCGCUACAACAAGAAGCCCACCGUGACCUCCCGCGAGAUCCAGACCGCCGUGCGCCUGGUGCUGCCCGGCGAGCUGGCCAAGCACGCGGUGUCGGAGGGCACCAAGGCCGUGACCAAGUUCACCUCGGGCUAAGCGCCCUCUGGACCGAUGACCUGGUGACGCCUUGACACAUACCACAAAACAAACUCGGUGUUUCUCAACACCACCACACACGCUUAGCCCGCGCGCUGAGCCCGGGAUGGGGUAAUGACUCGGGUCGGCAAGGAUUGGCAGGUGUUAGGACAUGCCGGGCCCUAGUAGGCCGCAGUGCGCAUUGGCACGGACAGAUUUCCACUCCAGUCCAUGUGUUAGGUGGUUACUAGUUACUAGUUAGGGGUGGCUCGCGGGGCAGCUCGCGGGUAGGGCCCCUCGGCCGGGGCCUUCGGUAGGGAUUACUCAUCAAACAAGGACUGCGACGGUAAACCACGCUACUGUAAACCAAUCAUACAUUGCACACACUCUCCUCCAACGCCGUUAGGUACGACAGGCAUCUAUGACAGGCUAGGACCCGUCAUGAAGACGCAUGGAUGGAUCCGCCUUGGUUCUGCCGGGGAGUCGGGACAUGCUGGACUAUGAGGACCGUAAUCACCAGGGGAACCCUGGUAAUGGCCGAGAAGACAAGGUACGUGGUUCCCCUCGCAUGGCCGAGAAGAAAACGGUGGCAUCUCGAGUUCAUGAGGGCCGUGGGACUCGUGGCAGAUCAUGCGGAGUGGUAAUGUCCGGGCCCGAGAGGGGCUCAGGCCUCUGGGGCACCCGGUGGGCAACAUGCACGCGGGCGGGCGGGUUCAAACUCCAAGGCGCACUCGACAGAACGGCCCGCAAGGGGUCACGGUGACAUACACCCAGCAGUAUUAGGUACUGACGAAAAGGCGUCCGAGGAGCAGAAUUCCGAGGUUGAGGGUGGUGUUGAGAAACACCGAGUUUUUUUGGG